AUGGACUUCAUCAGACGCCACUUCAGAGAGUCCACCUCGACGUCCGUCGUAGAGUCGGACGAGGAGCUUUUCUUCGACAAGGAUGGCCACCUCGAGUUUGCACCGAACGACCCCGAGAACCCAAAGAACUACUCGUAUGGACGCAAAUGCUACAUCACCACUAUCGCCAUCUGCCUCGUCAUGAACGCCACAUUCUCAUCUUCUGCCCCGUCCGGCUCUUUCCAGGGUGUCAGUGAUGACCUCCACGUUUCUGUCGAAGCCGCUGGCCUCGUCACCACCCUCUUCCUCCUAGGCUACUGCGCUGGUCCGUUGUUCUGGGCGCCCUUAUCCGAGUUCUAUGGCCGUCGCUGGAUCUUUUAUAUCUCCUUCACCUUAUACCUUGCCUUUGGCUUCCUCUGCGCCUUUACGCCUAAUUUCGCCGGACUCUUGGUUGGUCGUUUCUUGACUGGCACGGCCGUCAGUGCUGCCCUGACGAAUGCACCUGGCAUCCUCGCAGAUAUAUGGGGGCCCGUCGAGCGAGGCAACGCCAUGAUCUUGUUUGCCACAAUGACAUUCGUGGGACCCGCGCUUGGUCCCGUGGUCAGUGGAUUCCUCCAACUCAAGGAGACGUGGCGUUGGACCUUCUACGUCCUCCUCUGGAUGGCGGGUGCCACCGAGCUGCUGCUGAUCACUCUUCCGGAGACCCUCCCCAUGAUGGUCCUGCGUAAUAAAGCCCGCCGCCUACGCAAAUUACCCGGUAAGGAGAGCGUAAAAGCUCCAGUCGAGGCGUCGGAUCGCUCCCUGGGAGGUAUCUUCAAAGUCGCCCUGACCAGGCCUUGGAGACUUCUCUUCGACCCAAUCAGUUUCUUCGUCGCUAUAUACUAUGCCGUCGUCUAUACUCUGCUGUAUAUGCUUUUCAGCAUCUACCCUAUCGUCUUCCAGCAGAAGCGUGGCUGGAACGCCGGCGUCGGUGAGCUGCCACUGAUCGGCACAGUCAUCGGCGCGUGUCUCAGGCGGCCUAGUGUUAAAAAACACACUGACGACCGCAAAUCGGUCCCAGAAGAUCGCCUUCCCGGAGCGAUGGUGGGAGGGGUGAUGUUCGCCGUGACGAUAUUUUGGUUCGCUUGGACGGCGGUAUACAACUCAGUCCACUGGGCCGUGCCAACUGUGGCAGGCGCCUUCCUCGCAACGUCAAUCCUGCUUAUAUUCGUCGUCUUCAUCAAUUAUAUCAUAGACUCGUACCUGAUGUACGCCGCAUCCGCCGUCGCAGCAAACACGGUUCUGCGGUCCGCCUGCGCCGCGGCAUCCCCACUCUUCACGCAGUACAUGUUCGACGCGCUCGGUGUGGGAGGGGCUGGUUCGCUAAUCGGAGGCGUGGGCAUACUGAUGAUGCCCAUUCCUUUUGUUUUUUAUAAGUACGGCGCCGCAAUCCGGGCGCGGUCCAAGUUUGCGCCCACGGACGAGACGCCACACCCGCCUGUGGAUGAGGAGAAGGCCGUAAAUAGUAGAUCGCCCAGCCACACCUUUGAGAAGGAGUACGAACCGGUUGAUGAGAACACUGGGGGGCACGAGCGAGUGAUCGGCUCGAGCGAAUUGCCCUUGACGCCGUACGCAAAGGCCGUAUCUGAUUUUGCAGUCCGAGCAUCGGAGUCUAAUAAGUAUCCAUAUCAGAUUGAAUUGCCAAACUCCCUUAAGUAA